CUUCCACCAUCUAUUGUAGUUUGGUGGUUUUGUCGGGGAGUGUCAUCGAGCGUUCGUUUGAGAGCUCUCUUGAGCUCUUAGAUCUUUUCUGCAGACUUCUAAUUUCUUUUUACGUCCCUACUAUCCCCUGUGUGGACAGCAGUGGGAACGUAAACAGAGCUCAUCGUCAGGGGACUGCAACGUCACGAAUCCCGUGAUCCUCUCUCUCCUCCUCCACCAGAGCUUUUUACUCCCCUACAACCGGCCUUUCCAAUGGACGGCUCGCCGCCGCCGCCGCCAGAGGCGCUGGCCACCACCAAGCGCAAGUUUCACAAACUCCUCGACAAUCUGACAGCCAGCAAAUCCACCACGUCCCUCGCCAGCACCCUUCGCGAAUCCAACACCUCAACUACUUCCCUCUCCGCGCCCGUCACCCCAGAGCCGCCGUCUAAACGCUCACGUUUAUCCGAUGUCAGUAUGGAUCUCGGUCGAGGGCGCACCGUAUCCGGCGAGCGCAUCAAGGCUUUACAAGAAAAAUUAUUCACACCCCGAAAGGAUGGAGCGGGAAUGCGUUUGGUUGGGUCGAAUAAGACGCCUAAAAAGUCUACCGCUACCCCUCCGCGCAAACCCCCGAACUUCCAGCCGUACUCGCAAGAGCAGUUCCUCGCGCGGAUGAGGACGUUCGCGGAUGUUAAGAAAUGGACCACUAAACCCGAUGCCAUUGGCGACGUGGAGUGGGCGAAGCGCGGCUGGUCAUGUGCAGCGUGGAAUACGGUGGCGUGCAAGGGUGGCUGCGAGGCGAGGGUAGUGGUCAAGCUCAGGCCGAAGAGAAAGGAUGAGUUGGGCAAGAAAAUUGAGAUGAGUGAGGAUAUGGGGGAGGAGGUGUUGGAGGACUUGGUGCAAAGGUACAAGGAGCUAAUCCUGGAGGGACAUGAUGAGGGGUGUCUGUGGAGGAAGGGGGGCUGUAAAGAGGACAUCUACCAUAUCCCGAUUCCAAACCGCGCCCAGAGCACCGCCGAGCUCCUUCGCCGAUACCACUCCUUCAAACCCAUAUUAUCUGACCUCCCCCUUCUGGACAACGUCACCUACCCCGACCCACCCAUAUCCGACAUCCUCCCCCGUGCCCCUUCAUCCACUUUCAAUCCACCCGGGUCUAGCAUAACCGAAAAUCCCCCCUCGACUCCCUCCGAAAUCACCGCCUUCACGUUCGCCCUCUUCGGCUGGUCAGGUCUUCUCGAAUCGAGAAUCAGCCUCGUUACAUGCGACCACUGUUUCCAGCGCAUUGGCCUCUGGCUCUACGAGGAGAAGCGAAUAAAGGAAAUGAGUAAGAAGCUAGACGUAGAUGCUGCGCAUCUGGGUCUAAAUCUCGUAGAAGCACACCGUGAGCAUUGUCCAUGGAAAAAUGGGGUUGCUCAGGCAAAUCCAAAGGACAGCAUCCUCAAAGACAUGGCUGGAUGGCAGACGCUGGAAUUUAUGCUUCUGGGGAAAAGGAAGGACGAACCUAGGGCUGGUGUGGAGAGCAUGGAUCUGGGGAGGGGGAGUAUGGACAGCAUGGCAGAGAGCACUACAGGCAAGAGUACGAAGAGUGGGGAUUCGAUUACGGAGAAGUGGAAGAAGUUGAAGAGUAAACUCAAAAGGAGUGCGAGUCGAAAGAGCCUGAAAAGUGUGAAGAGUUUAGGUGGGGAGAAGGAGAGGAACAAGGAGAAUGUGUGAACGAGAUCGACAGGGGACUAGAUCGAUUCCAUGGUUUGAAAAUAUGAUGAAAUUGCACAAUAUUAGAGUAGUAGGCGAGCUGUAGUUAGAGAAAGUGAAGGAGCCCUUUCCCACGACUUCAAGACUGCGCCGUAGGUUCGUUUUGCUGCUUUGAGGACAGGGCACCACUCCAGGAUUUUGUUACGGUCGAUAUCUAUUUCAUCCACUGCAACAAACGAUUUCCCUCCCUACAGGAGAUGCGUUUGUAAGCGUGUGGGAUACCCGAGAUAUGGCCUGAUUGGGGUUCAAUGGCAUGGACUAGUAAAGGGACACUAUAGCCUUCACCUUGAGCUUGACCUUCGUCAAUUGUAGCUUGAUCUUUACUAUUUCCAUGCCUUCUCACAAGACCUCU